AUGAACGAAACUAUUUUAUUAAAUAAUAAUAAUUUAAUACCAAAAGAAUGGUUUAAGCAACCAGAACUUCUAGACGACUCUGAUUUUAUAGAAUCUAUAAAAAUAUUUGAAAAAGAAAUUGGCCAAUUUCCAAAAGAUAGAUAUAAAAAUUUAGAAGGCAUUAAAAAAAAUCAUGUUUUUUAUUUUCCAACAUUUUUGAAAGAGACUAGAAAUGAAAAAAAAAUUAAAAUUUUAUCUUCGACUAUCAUGAUUUGGUUAUUUAUAAUUGAUCAAGAUUUUAAAAAAUUAAAAGAAAAUAAUAAUUUAUUAAAAAAUCAACAAAAACUAUUAAAUAUUUUAAUUGAUCCAACUGAAAAAGUACCACAUGACCAACAAGAAAAAGUUACAAUUGUUUUAAAAAAAUUAUUAAAAGAAAUCACUGGGGGUAACAUAUUUAUAAACAAUUAUUUUAUAACAUCAGUAUUUAACUACAUAUCAAGUAUAGAAUCUACUGAUGGUAAUAAAAACUCUUAUUUGCAUAUAAUUGACUCUUGUAACCUAUUGCAAUGGAUAGAAAUUAAAAAAAAAAGAGGUGAAUGUGUUUUAAAUUCUGAACUAUUAUUUUUAUCUGAUCCUAGAUAUAUUAGAUUAAAAAAUAUUUCAAAUUUAUUAUUUUCAUUCGAAAAUGAAACUUUUUCCAAUAUUGGAGGUAGUUAUUCAAACAAAACAAAAAUAGAAACAUUAGUUGGUGAAUUCAAACAAUAUGAGGAUUCUUUAAAUAGCUCCUAUGGUUUUAAUGAUUGUCUUUUAUAUAUGAUAAAAUGUUUAAAAUAUUCAGUUACUGGCAAUAUCUUAUUAAAAAACAAUAAAUGA